GUGUGGGGGAAAAAGGCAGAUGUUUGUGUGGAAAGUGGUUUGGAGCAGGGGACAAAAAAGGAGGGAGGGUUUUGUUAGUCACAUGUCUUUUACAUUUCUUUAUCAUUGGCAUGUGUCAGAGUUUUUCAGUCAGUCUGUCUGGAUGGAGUGGAGAACCUGCUUCACUCAAACCCGAGCUUAUUGGCCCUAAAGAGAGAAAGUGAAAUUGCGCUGAGAAGAGAAAUGACUUGAUAUAACAGAAAAAACCAUGCAGCUCAGUGUAAUGUUACUGAAGACAGAGGUCAGGACUUAAAGACUAGAACUGAUGCUUCUCUUACUGUUGUGAGAAACACUGCUGUGGCAACUUGACAGAGGAACCUGAAGAUAACUUACGAUGAGGGACAUGAUGUGGAUUUACGUUGUGAUUAUCUUCUUUGUGUCUGAAGCAUGGAGCAUGGAACCAGGAACUAAUCAGAGCACAUCUAUGAACUCCAGCACUUGUUCUCUUCCUUUAACACUUACGGGAGAAAAUCAAAAAACUUUCUGCCUGGGGUGUGAUGCUAACCUGACAUGCAGUAAUAAGACAUGGAAUGAGACAAUAUUUGUUAUCUGGAAAAUAAAUAUGACCAAGCAAAACAAAUGUUGCACGAUAGGCUUCAAUUCUGGUAUUGGAGGUGAUGACUCCUGCAAAGAUGGCAAGUCUCUCCGAAACACAUCUAGAUCUCAGUCAUACCUGCAUAUCGCAAACUUCUCAACCAACGACGUGGGGGUCUACUACUGUGAAUUGGCUUUCAAGGGAGGAGUAGAAAACUACUUGAUCAAUGUGGAUAUCACAGUUCCUCCCAGGACAUCAGCCUGGUUAGAGGAUAGGGACAAAGUGGCUGUGUGCAAAGCUGAAGAAGGAAAACCUGCUGCCAACAUCAGCUGGAGUUAUGGAAGCAACUUAUCGUCUGUGUUGACAAGGCCUGGCCCAGACGGAUCUUUUACAGUAGAGAGUCGUCUGGAGCUUACAGAGGGCAUGGAUCCAAAGCACUUGACUUGUAUCAUCAGGCAUCUGUUCUGGAAAGAAAAAGACGUUGUUCUGGGGAUAAAACGCAAAAAAGUUGCAGGUUAUUUUCCUUGGGUGGCCAUCCUUGUUGUUUUGGUAGUCUUUGUACUUUUGAUGGGAUUCUUAUAUUUUGCACAAAAGAAACUAAUGUUGAGGCGAUGCCAACAGUCUGACACCUCACCAUCCAAAUCUCCACCGACAGAGGAUGUGGAGGAAGUGGAGCCCUAUGCCAGCUAUGUUCAACGUGUGAACUCUAUCUAUAACUGAGCUGCAAAUUUCUUCACAUAAAAAUCCUGCACAUGCAUCACACACACACACACACACACACACACACACACACACACACACACACACACUCUUAAAUGCACAUGGUUCUUUGUGAGAACCUGAAGGCUGUGAAACUGAGAAGUGGUGAAAUAGUAAAGAGAGAGGAGGGAGUGAGAUGAAAGACUUCCGAUAAGAGAGGGAAGCCUCUCAAUUCUGUCCUAACAAACUCUCAACUGAUGGAACAGGGGAUGUACCCGGUGUCGCGCGCUGGCUCCCUUGCACAAUACAUGCAGCCCACUUCUCUGUGUGUGGGUUUCAUGGAGAACAUUAUUUAUGACUACAAAUGCAACUGCAGAAUCGGAAAGAAUACUGUCUUCAGCCAGAUGCAGUAUACCUAAAAUACAGUACCACAGACUUUUGACGUUGCUGAUGAAAUACAUGGGCUUUUUGCAUAUUUAUAGUUUGACUGCAAAGAGAUGAUGAAAUAGAUACUUGCUGCAGUCAGUCCAGUAAACAUGCCAACCCAUGAGUAAUAUGGUGACACAAUUGCUUCAAGAUAAUGUGGACAAUUUAUGUAAAGUAUUCAUAUUAUGUGUUAAUGUAUCAUUAUGUAAUUACAUUUAUUAAAAAUUAAUCUAUCAACA